AUGAACGAAGACGGCUAUGACAACCAGACGGAGGAUAUGCUAGCGACGGACUUGGACACGUUUGUGGAGAAGGCACCGCCAUCGUUCGUUUGUGGUGUCUGCCAAAUCCCAAUCACAGCAACAGUCUGGCAGUCGUGUCGUGUAUGUGAUAGUGUCGACUUCGACGUCGGCUGUGUGAAGGAAGGUCGCAAAUUGCACCAUCGAACUCAUCCUGGCCAUGGAUUCAUCCAAGUGUCCUCGAACAGUGAUAAAGCCGAGGAAGAGGAGGAGAAGCAGGCUGCAGUAGCCAAGCUGGCAACGAGUCUCGAAGAAGAGGGCACGAGCGGCGCAAGACGUCGUGACUCCCCACGAGCUAUUGUUUCCACACCACGCAAGAGUACGUCCAAGCCCACAUCGCAGCAUUCACGAGCUCCAGAGCGUUCUUUGCUAGAUCUCUCGGCAAAAGACCCUCUAACCGAAGCCAUCGCCAAAGGAAUUUCCCGCUCUCGACUCCAGACCGCUUCUUCCACGAGUGAAUUCCAUACUGUCGAAACAUUUGCGUCGAAAUGGCUCUUUACUAUCCAUUGCUACCUUCGCAGCUGGUCCGAACAGAAUUCUAGCCCGACACAUGCAAUCAAUGGCUUUCACAUCCUCGUGGCAUUCGACGCGAAUGCUCAGUUUCAUGGGUUCACGCGUCAGAGCUAUCCUACCGAGGUAGAUGGGGAAGAGUGCUUCGCCGUCCUGGAAAGUCAGGAGAAGCGUAAUCACAGAUUCACGAAUCCAUUCGAGGCUGCUGGAGCGGCUCGGAGGCUGAAUCGGAGAAGUAUUGAGAUUUGGAAGGAGUUUCGUGACCGUGCUGGUGGUGAUGGGGUUAUUGGUGGUUGGAAUAUGGGGACGAUGGGGGUCUCGAACUUGCAGGAGAUGGCAAAGUUGUUGGAGAUGGCGAGGUGA